AUGCCCACGUCUUCGGUUCCUCCUGUUACUCCUACCUCUACUACAACGCCGCCCACCAAUGAGGAAUUCCUCCGGAAUGCGACGCAGAUCCUCAAGAUGAUGGCGGAGCAGAGUGCAAGUGGAGGCAGUAUGCCCUCCAUGAAGAUGUUGAAGAAGGCGGUUAAGGAGAUGGAGGCAAGAAUGGCCUUGGUGGAUUCGGGGGCCACCCAUCCUCUACGGCAAGCGGGUGGUCCAGAAUGGGAAGACUCUGCGGAGGUAGAUGUGCUGAUCGCAGGUGAUGGAGUGGCUAGGAUGAGACAGAAUGAGGCCGGCACAUUGCUGACCAGUCCUGCGGCCUCAAAGUCCCAGACCAUCUUGCCCGUUGGGGGCUUGGUGUCGAUACUGGGAUAUGAGCUGAUUUGGACGAAACGGAAAUGCGCACUACGAGCUCCUGACGGCCGAGAGAUUCCUUUGAGGGUGAGUGCGGGGUGUCCGGAGGUAAAUGAGGCUACGGCUUUGGAACUCAUUGCCAAGAUCGAAGAGGAAAAGAUCCAGCAGCUCAACGAGAAGGCAAGGAUCACCAAGCUGGCGAUGUUGAGGGCGCAGCAAGUGGAGGGUUGCGAGCAAUGGGAAACCAGCAUGAAGGACUACGUCAACAAGGGGAAGUUCGAAGAUGGGUUUCGUGCAUUAGUGUCGAUGCCAUGGCUGCGCAAUGUUCCUCGUGAGGACUUGGUGCGGUUGGCGACAGACCUUCCGACGGCUGAGAGCGAGGCUUGGGAACUGAUGAAGUCUUUGGGUUUCAACAGGCGAAUGAGAAAGCGACUGAUGCACAAGGACUGGGUCAUCAAGUUCUACAGCGGCAAGAAGACCCAGGCGGAUAAGAUCUUUCGGCCGAUGGACUCCAACAACACAGUGGUGCUGGAUGUGGACCUCAUGCGGAGUGCAGAGCUUGAUGUGUUAAAGGAGGGGAAGGGGAUCUUCCUGUUGAUGUUGUGGGGCGCAGCUACCGGCCGGGUGGCUGGGGUGAUGGCUUCGUUGCCUAGCAACAACUCCGAGGAGCACUUACUACGCUUGAUGACAAUAGUGGAGACGGCACGUGAGGGUCGAAGAUACAUGUGUGAGCUCAUGGACAUCCCCACUGAUGGUGUAGCAGUGACCUUAUGGGGUUCUUCGGAGGCCGAAGAGGACCUCAGUGCAAGGGCUCUUCAAAGAGCCUGGGUCAAGCAAUGGGUUGUGGAAACGAACCUACAACAGUUGCACUUCGAGCAAGGUGGGUUGGGCCAUCCUUUGAGGCGACCUACCUACAUGGUAUCUAAUAUGGACAUCACAGAACUGCGAGGAGUCCGUGACGAACGUCGUGAAGAAGCUACCUGGGGCUCUUGGUCUACGUGGGCACCUAUGAUGAUGCAUAUCCUUGUGCGAGGAUGGAAAAGGUGGAAGAUGAGACCGGGAUGGUAUCCACGCAUGGUCAAGGCGUUGAGGGCGGUGGACAGGAAGAGCUGGGAAAGACACUUAGCCAACGACAAUGUACCACAUAGACCCGAGUGCCUGCAGUGUAUCCACAAUGCGACGGGAAGACCUCACCGGAAGUGCUUGCACAAGGACUGCCACGUGAUGAGUGCUGAUACGCUGGGACCUGUGCGAGUACCAGGGCCAAAGGGAGAAAAGUAUGCGAUAGUGUUCACCUUUCAGUACCCCAAGCAGAAGCUGAGCCCAGAGGACGCCCCGGUAAAGGACGAGGAGCUAGAAGGAUGGGACUUGGACGUUGAGGUUACACGGGGGGAGGAGACUGGGAACGACAGCGUGGAAGCAACAGUGGACCCCUUGGAGGAGGUAGACUUCGAUGGGUACGAGCCGAGCAUUGGUGACGAUGAUAGUGGGGUUCAAGGAGAUGAAGUUGAACCUAUGGCGCUACGACCUACAAGGGUGAAGAGCGAUGCCACAAAAGAGGACUGGUGGGAAUUUCGAGAGGCCGCCGGUAUCUUGAUUCGUCAUCAUGAAGUUCCUCGCAAAGCGUUGUUCCGCCCUACGUCAUCAAAUGGAUGUCCAGUACACCCGGCUAAGUUGAGGGACACCCGAGUCACGGAUGUGAAGUAUGUUGGUGGUGGUGUGGAAACAGAGACUUCAGAUUGGCAAGGACCAAAAUCCGGAGCGCGAGCUCUACCGGUGAGCUGGACUGGAACGUCACGUUUUCAAAUAUCUACAGCUGAAGUACCUGAAGAUGACGAGGUCCUGCAGAAGGAUGAGGAGCAGUGGGAGAAGCUCAUCGGGGACUUGGUUAAGCCGGUCGAGAUGGAGACGAUCUACAUGGUGUAUCCGGUACGGUCUAAGCGCGGUGGAGAUGCUAUGUUGGCAAUUCAAGAGGCGGUGCUGAGAUUGAAGCUGUUGGGAUUUCCAGUGGCACGACUACACACGGAUCGGGGAUCCGAAUUCGCCUCAAGAGGCCUACGACGAUGGCUACUGGAUCACGACAUCUACCACACCCGAAGUGAAGCCUUGGUACCACAAACAAACGGAGCUGCAGAAAGGGGAGUAAGAUGGUUUAAGACGAGGGCAAAAGUAUUGUUGGCGGAGGCGGAUGUGAAUGUGAAGUACUGGACGCUAGCGAUGCAACAUGCUGCGAAUCGUCGUACACAUGAUCGUCUGGGAAUCUCCAAGCCUUUGCUGCUACCUUUUGGGAGCAAGGUGAUGAUCAGAAGAAAGGUCUUCGGGAACAACAAGAAGUACGACCUGACUGAUCGGUGGGAGGAAGGGAAGUAUCUGGGGAUGUCGGAUUCAAUCAAAGGUGGGGCGGUGGUGUUACGUGCUUCCAGUGCUCUUACGGAAACUUUGAAUAUCCGAACCGGCGUGAUCAAUGGUUGGAAGAUGCGGUCUAUGAUAGAGCGACAAGAGCGGAAGGCUAAGUUGUUCUAUGACAUGGGCAAGUUUGAUCUGGCCUCGUGUGCGGAAGUCUUGAAUGAGGUGGAUGUUGUGGGUUCAAUGAGCACGAAAGCAAGAGGAGAACGAACUACGUCGAUAAUCUUGGGGGCCUAUGUACAUGGAGGUCUUCGGGGUGCUACUAAAGCAGCAAGGCGACGGCCACAUCUCACAAAGUUUCUCAACAUGGUCCUGCGGAUGAAGGUGGCCGAGGAUUUGGGUGAGGAUGGUAGUUGGACCACAAUAGGGGUGUUCAAGGCUGCUGAUAUUCCUCCCCAUCGAGAUUCGAGGAACCAAGUAGGUUCGUGGAACUAUGUCAUGGAAGUGGGAGUGGUCUCCAAGGGUGGUUUGUGGGUCGCCCAAGGCAAAGGCAAUGAAACAAUCCGAGGAGGAGGUGCCCUACAACCACUUGCGAAGGAACAACCGGAUGGGAAAGUCGUCGAGGGCAACCUGGUGGACAUCGGAGGAAGGGCGGCGGCGUUCAACCCAAAGGAGCUCCACGCGUAUCUCAGUGACGAGCCAGAGCACUGGAUUAUUGCGGCUGUUACCCCCCCUGGGAGUUUCUACGUUGAGUACAAAUGCAUCGGCGAGUUUGUCAAGAUGGGGAUUUCCUCUGGAGGGCACUGGAGUGGAAAGAGUUGA